CCCUGCUCCCAGCGUGCUCCUGGCAGCUGUUCCCACGCUCACCCGCUCCCCAUGGCGCUCCCAGCCGGGCUGCGCCCCCCACUCAUCCCCGAGGAUGGAGAGGUACCCCCUGCGGCCCGGAACGGGGUCCUCCCUGCCCCCAGCAGUGAGGAUGAGAGGGCUGUGUCUAGGCUACAGCGCAGGCAGAGCGACGUCCAGGUUUACAAGGAGUUUUGUGACUUUUAUGCGAAAUUCAACAUGGCCAACGCCCUGGCCAACGCCAGCUGUGAGCGCUGCCGGGGCGGCUUCGCGCCCGCCGAGAAGAUGGUGAACAGCAGCGGCGAGCUGUACCACGAGCAGUGCUUCGUGUGCGCCCAGUGCUUCCAGCAGUUCCCGGAGGGCCUGUUCUACGAGUUUGAAGGGAGGAAGUACUGUGAGCACGACUUUCAGAUGCUCUUCGCCCCUUGCUGUCAUCAAUGUGGUGAAUUCAUCAUUGGCCGGGUCAUCAAAGCCAUGAAUAACAGUUGGCAUCCCGAGUGCUUCCGCUGUGACCUCUGCCAGGAGGUCCUGGCUGACAUCGGCUUUGUCAAGAACGCCGGGAGACAUCUGUGCCGCCCCUGCCAUAACCGGGAGAAAGCCAGAGGCCUGGGGAAGUACGUCUGCCAGAAGUGCCACGCCCUCAUCGACGACCAGCCCCUGAUUUUCAAGAACGACCCCUUCCAUCCAGACCACUUCAGCUGCGCCAGCUGCGGGAAGGAGCUGACCGCUGACGCCCGGGAGCUGAAGGGGGAGCUGUACUGCCUGCCCUGUCACGACAAGAUGGGGGUCCCGAUCUGCGGCGCCUGCCGCCGGCCCAUCGAGGGGCGCGUGGUCAACGCCAUGGGCAAGCAGUGGCACGUGGAGCAUUUUGUUUGCGCCAAGUGUGAAAAACCAUUUCUUGGACAUCGCCACUAUGAACGGAAGGGCCUGGCGUACUGUGAAACCCACUACAACCAGCUAUUUGGUGAUGUUUGCUUCCACUGCAACCGUGUCAUAGAAGGUGACGUGGUCUCCGCUCUGAACAAGGCCUGGUGUGUGAACUGCUUCGCCUGCUCCACCUGCAACACUAAAUUAACGCUCAAGAAUAAAUUUGUGGAGUUUGACAUGAAGCCAGUCUGUAAGAAGUGCUAUGAGAAAUUUCCGCUGGAGCUGAAGAAAAGACUUAAGAAGCUAGCCGAGACCUUAGGAAGGAAAUAACUGCCUUCAGUUAUUGUUUCUCUUUUGUGCAAAGAUCAGAGAUUACAAGAUUGCGUGACCUGAUCCACCCUUACCUAAAGCUGUAUCUCAAAAUAGCUGAAAGUAGAGAGGACCAGGAAUGGUUUUCUUCAUCUCCUUUUUCUCGUUAAAGAAGAAAAAAGUUUGUGGAAUCAAAUUUUAAAAAUGGAUGAAAUCAAGAUUUGCCUUUGUUCAUAACCCUUGUCAGUGUGCUGAAAUGUAGGCUUAAUAGCAAAAAAAAAAAAAGUUAAUGCUAAAUUUUAAUAAAGGUCCAAAGAUUAAAUAUAACUUUUAAAAGUGAAAGUAGGGAGUUAGCUUUUACGCGACUCAGAUAAAAAAUAUGAACCUUAUUUUGAGUUCAAGGUAAAUAAUUACAAGUGCAGUUGGAGAGGAUAUAGGAAAGAAAAAUAACCAGCCAAGAAAAACAAAUCUCACAGAAUCUCAGUACGUUUAUUGGACUACUGGCUGUAAGACGAAUACGCACGUUACUAAGACAAGAAGCAGGUCUAUUCAGAACUACUUGACUUGGGGAUUUUUGUCGUCAUUGUUAAAUGCAGUAGUUAUUAUGCUUAGUUUUAUAUUUUGUUCUCCUUGUUAACUUCUUCAUACAAUUACUUAACAUAGUAGUUACAGCUAGCUAAUAGUAUUCCUUUUUAAAUUUUGUGCAAAAAAAUUUAUACUAGGUAUUUGAAAAUACAGUGUACUUUACAAUUUUGGAAAAAUGAAGUAUUUUUUAAUGCAGUACAGCAAUUAUGCGUCUAAGCUUAAGGUCAAAGAUGUAGUCUUAGGACAUGAAAUUAAAUCUGAUGUAGUUUGGAAUGUAUUGCUUAAAAAGUGAAUGUAUAUGUAUCAGUCAUAUUGCCUUUAUAACCAUGCUAGUAUCUAUGCUUUAUACAUAAUCAAACUUGCGUUGCCUUAGAAAAAUACAUACAUUAAUCAGGAAUUCUAGCUGUUUCACACAGUACAAACCAAAAAUAAGUGCUAAGUGCACUGACUGAGAUUUGUAAACUCAAAUUCAUUUGCCACAGCUAUGAGUAUAUUAAGAAUAUUUUUCUCCUUUUUGGGGAAACACGUUGAGAUUAAUUUCUGUGAUCUCAUUAGGAGAGAAUGAUGUUGCUAUGAAUUUCAAGUUUUUCAUUACAAAUCAUUUACUAUAAGUAGGAGGUAUAAGUGACACUUCUAAAUUGGAAGAGGGAUGUUUAAGGGCCGAUUUUAGGUCGAAAGUAGUGAAUUAUUUUAUUUGGUAAAAAGUUUUGUCCUGAUGUGUCUGGACCAUUCUUUCUCCAUAAAUGUGUAUGCAAAGCAGAUUCUGUGAACAUUUUUUAAAUGUUACUGCUGCUGUGUUAUGUAAAAGAUUCAGUUGCCAAGAUGGACCUCUAAGGUGAAAAUUAUGGGUUUUUCCAAAAAUUUCUGAAAUACUGUUUUGCCAUUUAAAAAAAAAAAACUCAGGAUGCUACCAGUCUGCCAUUAAAUAUUUGUAUGCAUGUAUUUUUUUUAAAGUUUGUGCAUGCACUUUACAGAGUAAAUUCUAUCUCAGUUUUCAAAUAACUUAUAACCAAUUACUUUAUUUUUUAGUGUUCUUUUAGGGUUCAAAGAAUUAUCAGUGAUGGAAAAUAAUCAAUAUACAGUUUAAGACUAUGUGCUCAGAGGUCUGAUACAGUCUUUGCAUUUGAAGCAAGAAUUGAAAUCACUUCCAUGUGCCUUUGGCAGCAAUAGAUGACCAGCAACGAAAGUCUUCAGCAUAUUUGUUAAAUACUAUACUGUGGUUACAGGCAAAAUAGUGCAGGGUUUGCUGCCUGGAGCCUUGUUGCUGAAUUCUCAGAUACUCCCCACCCUGGAAUCCGGGGCAGAAAACGCCCACUUACCUGUGUUCUCGAUCAUGUGGAUGCAGCGUGGGCUGAACCCACUGGUUGGUUCACAUCUCGUGUCCAGAGGUCCCACUGCUCACUCUGCUCUUGAAGUGUUAGUUCACACUUCCAGUGCUGUUGGGGGUUUUAUCCAAACACACUUUCUUCUUUGACAGGGUAUUGCUGGGCCCUUACACAUGGGAAGCGGGGAGGGGUGGGGAGGCUGUCAGUGAAACAGAGGACAAACUGCUGGAGUUCACAGCAUUUUCCAUGGAAAAACUCAGGCUAGAGAGCAUCUCCUUGUUUAAAGUCCUAAAGUGGCCUGAAAUCACUUUCUGUUCUUACCAGAUUUCUGAGUGUUCUUUCUAAGUCUAGGAUAAUUGGGAAAAUGCCUAGGUACGAGUAAGACAGUCUUUGGAUCACUUUCAAAGCCUUAUUAACAUUGUAACUGAAGUGGUAGGUCAUUUUGCUUCAUUUAUUUGCCAAAAUAACGAUUUCCAGGUUAGGAAAGUUGUGAGGUAAGCUCACAGCAUUCUUGUAGUAUCUCAUUUUAGACUGUCAGCUCAGUGGCAGGGACACUGUAUCAGUAACUUUUUAUAGGGCAACCAUCACAGUGUACUCUUUGUGCUUAAUAAAUGCUCAUAAUGAUUCAGAAUAA